AUGGAACGAUUACAAAGAUUAUUAGGUCAAGGUGCUGGUUUAGGUGGUGCUGCUCCACCUCAAAGUGAUGGUCCUGCAAUUGAUAAUUCAGAAACUGUAUAUAUAUCCUCAUUAGCUUUAUUGAAAAUGUUAAAACAUGGUAGGGCAGGUGUACCGAUGGAAGUUAUGGGUUUAAUGCUUGGAGAAUUUAUAGAUGAUUUUACUAUACAUGUACAUGAUGUAUUUGCAAUGCCUCAGUCAGGUACAGGUGUUUCAGUUGAAGCUGUUGAUGAUGUUUUUCAAACUAAAAUGAUGGAUAUGUUAAGACAAACUGGUAGAGAUCAAAUGGUUGUUGGUUGGUAUCAUUCACAUCCUGGUUUUGGAUGUUGGUUAUCAUCAGUUGAUGUAAAUACACAACAAAGUUUUGAACAAUUAAAUAAAAGAGCAGUUGCUGUUGUAAUAGAUCCAAUUCAAUCAGUUAAAGGUAAAGUUGUUAUAGAUGCUUUUCGAACAAUUGAUACUACUACAUUAAUGAUGGGUCAAGAACCAAGACAAUCUACAUCAAAUGUUGGUCAUUUAAACAAACCUUCAAUUCAAGCUUUAAUCCAUGGUUUAAAUCGUCAUUAUUAUUCAUUAAAUAUUGACUAUCAUAAAACUUCGUAUGAAACAAAUAUGCUUUUAAAUUUACAUAAGAAAAAUUGGCAAUCUGGAUUAAAAUUAAUUGAUUAUAAUGAAAAAGAAAUUAAGAAUUUAAAUAAUACUGAAAAAAUGGUCUCAAUAGCAAAAUUAUACAAUCAAAGAGUUGCUGAAGAAAAAGAAUUGACUGAAGAUCAAUUGAAAACAAGAUAUGUUGGUAAACAAGAUCCAAAGAAACAUUUAAGUGAUACUGCUGAAGGUUUAAUUGAUGAUAAUAUUAGUUCAUUAUUAACGGGUAAUAUUGAUUCAUUAGCUAUACAAUAA